AUGCUUCGUCCGCUUAAUUUGUUCAGUGCUGUUUAUAAUUAAUACAAACUGAGCAUAUCGAAAACAAAACGGAUUAUUUAGUCAAUAGCAGGGUUUACUGGUUCACUGUUCACGUGUCUGGCAGAGAUCAGACCGUCACAUCCGAUCAUGAGUGUCCCGUGUUUUGUGAGAACGGCGGCCAGAAGUUUCUCCGGUGGACCGGGACUGUUCAGACCAGCUGUUUGCUGUUCAUGUAAAGACACGGUCACGCGAAAAAUGUCAUCAAGGAGGCAGACUGACCAUCUGGAGAGAACUGCUAGCGUUCAUAGACAAAUGGAGGUUUUCUCUGCACGCGUGAGCGACAUUAUGAGUGAAUCCGAUACAGUGAAGAGACUGAGACUGGAGGUGCCACAUCCUGACUUCCGUUUCCGUGCUGGACAGUGGGUGGAUUUCUUCAUCCCAGGUGUGGAUACAGUGGGUGGCUUCUCUAUCUGUUCAAGUCCAGGUCUGCUGCAGAGAGAGGGAGUCAUUGAGCUGGCCGUCAAAUACACACGCCAUCCUCCAGCACAUUGGAUUCACACCGAAUGCUCUGUGGACUCUCAGGUAGCCGUGAGGGUGGGAGGUAACUUCUACUUUGACCCUCAGCCUUCGGACCCUGUGGUGGAUCUGUUGCUGAUAGCUGGUGGGGUUGGCAUCAACCCUCUGUACUCCAUCCUGCUGCACGCAGCUGAUCUGCUCGGCCAGACCCAUGGUCACAGGUACACUCCAGGGCACACACACAUGUGCUACAGCGCCAAAAACACCAAAGAGCUGCUCUUCAAGAACACCAUUAUUGACAUUUGUCGCGAGCGACCGGAUAAGUUCUCCUGCGAUUUCCAUGUCACCCAGCAGAGCUCUGACGUAGAGAAGGAGCUUCAGCCUCACACCAUUAAUGGGAGGAUAUCAGAAAAGGAACUGGAGCGCUAUGUAGAUCCUAAGCGCACGUUGUGUUAUCUCUGUGGCCCUCCUCCUAUGAUAGAGAAAGUGAGUUCAGACCUGAAGAGUGUGGGCCUCUCGGAGGACAGGAUCCUUUUUGAGAAAUGGUGGUAGCUGCACAACUCCACAUCUGCAUCAUCAUAGAAACAGACUGUAACGGCAGUGGACCAGUAAUGCCUUUGAGAUCAGUUGAAACGCACAAAAGACACUGUGUCUGCUUUCUCCACAUUUAAACAGACAAUUCUCUAGACUCUAUGCCCUAUUUUUGUUGUACCUCAUUUUAAAGAUACUCAACCAAUUGGCCGUAACCAGCGUGGUAAUGUAACGUCGCACAUUAUAGUUCAUUUGCUGGUUAACGGCAUAGGAUGCCUGCUUCAAGGAUGCAGACUCAGAUUUCACUGGAUUUUUUUGAGAUCCGUGUAUAAUUAUAGAUGUCGUUUGCAUUUUAGAACACAUAUUUAUUCAUUACAAAUUUUAGGGGCUUGGAAAUUAAAGCGAGAGUUCAUCCAAAAAUGACUGUCGUGUCAUUAAUUACUUACCCUCAUAUCUUUCCAAACUUGUUCAUCUUAGGAAAACUAAUUUAUUACUAAGAUAUUUGGAUGAAAUCCAAUAGCUUUCUGACCCUCCAUAGACAGCAAGCCAUGUUAACUACCACGUUCAAGGUCCAAAAGUCUUUUUUUUUUUUUUUUAAAGCUCAGAAAGAGGAUUUCAUCAAAAAUAUCGUUUUGAAGAUAAAUCAAGAUCUUGCGGGUUUGGAAUGACAAGAGGGUUUGCAUUUUUUGGGUGAAUUAUACCUUUUAAUUUCUACACUCAUCUUUACACAUAAUCCUAAUAUUCCGAAAGGUGCUAAACAUUGUCCCCUUUAAUCGGAUGUUCCACCCAAAAAUGAGAAUUAAAAAAAAAAAAGAUCAUCUUGGCGAGUUCAGAAGCAUAAGGAUCUGUCUGCUCUCUUAUAGCUCUCACAGUACUUUGAUGUCAUACAUUAAUCAUUCUGUGCAGCACCACUUCAAGAAAAUGCCUAAUGUCUUCUGAAGCAAAAUGAUAGAUGUGUGAGAAAAAUACAGAUGUUUUAACUUUUUAAACUAUAAAACAGUUUCGGGUCCACUUGCAUAUUAUUUUUUUAAGUUUUAUUUUUUUUAUCUGUUUUUGGUCCAUCGAUGAAGGAAAGAUACAUAAACAUGACAUAUAGGUGAAAAAAAAAAAAUACAUUUUUGGGUGGAUUAUACCUAAGGGAAGUGAGUUCACUUGACUGCCAUAUUUGUAAAAUCCAAUCGGCAGCUAUUUCUAGCAUUGCAAACACAGCUCCAAUCUACCUAAAUUAUUAAAAAAAACUGUCAUAUAUUGUGCAUUUAAUAUCAAAUCUCGUGAAAAAUAAUUUCUCAUCUCGUCCAGCAAAAGGCAUUGGCAUUUUAGAUAGUAUAAGACGAUACUAUAGCUGUUAUUGUAAACUUUAUUUAGCUUAAAUUCAAAAUUAAGCUCAUGAAAUAUAAUUCUGUCCCGUGUCGUGGGAAGAGUGGGUCUUCAAAACUGGAUUGAUGAACAAGAUCUUUACCUCCAGUAAUGCUGAAAUGUCUUUUCGAAAAAUGACGCUGCAAGCUGUUGCUGCAAAUGAAGCCUGUUAUUGAAAGCUUUUAUUUACACCAUUAACUGUCUCACAGACAUUCACUAUAACUGUUACUUUACAAACUUAGACAUUGGUUACUGCCAUCCUCACUGAUGUACAUAAAUGAGAAAACCGAUGUAAUACCGAUGAAAUAAAUGAGCAUUUUGUGGAUUUUA